AUGCCUGCUUUCAUUAAGCCCGGCCGCGAUUCGCGGCAUCGUUUCGCUUGCAAAGCUCUCUUCAGAGCUCUUCUUCGCGCGGGCUACCGUGUCCCUCUCCCCCACGAUGUCGCUACCGCCCUAGACGAAAAGCAAAACCCCAUUCGCGCCCUCAUUCGAAAUGGCUUUCGACGCAACAGCUCCGAGAUCAGCUUGCGCCUGGUCAAUUCGGCCCUUAACAAAGGCUACCGUUUCCUUGAACUGCUGACCCUCGCGCGCGACGAGUCCUCGCCCGCCCACGCCGACGUCCUCCAGUUUCUGCGCGAAAACAACGAGCGUGUCCUCGCCAUACGCGAAAAGAAGCGCCAAGAGGCCGAGAUACCAAACAGGUUUGCGCCUAAGCCGGACACCGUCCCUCUGCUGACCAAGAUCCCGAACCCGGACGGCAGGGGGCCACCGACCUUUGUCCCUACCGUGCGUCCGCUGCCGCUUGAGAAGCUAUCCGGCGGCGUCCGCAAGCUGCCUACCCUCGACGAGCUCGGCGGCCACCCGUUCCUGCGCCUGCGCAAGCCGCAAUCCGAAUACCUCGGCCGCGUUCUCCGACAAAAGUUCAAACGACGCCAGCGAUGGGCCGAAAAGUACCACGAGCUCGUCACUGAAGAACUGGCCGACGCUGAGCAGGAGGAUGCCUGGGACGAAAUGGUGGAGGAGAUGCUGGAGGGGGUGCCGCAGCCGUGGGACAACCCGGAGUAUUAUGCUACUGACAAUUCAGGUCGGCAGCGAUGGACACAAAGCAAGCAGUCGGCCAAGCGGGUGCGGAAGACCCAUGGGUCGUAUGCGCACGCUGUCAAGCUGUCCAUGACAGACCUCGAGUUUAAGCAGAAGCGCGAGUGGGACGAGAUGAUUGCCAGGGGCAAGGCACUGUGGAAGUUGGUCUUAGAGGAGAGGGCGCUGGCCGCGAAGGAGAAGAAGACCAGGAAAAAGAGGGAGAAGGUUCAGAGAAAAAGAGAGAGGAGGAGGGCGGUGAAAGCGGAGAGGAGGGAGGCGAGGAGGUUGAGGAGGGUAGCGAAGAUGAGGGAGUCGCUACGGAAGUGGAGGGUUAAGACUCGGGAGAGGAAGAAGAAGGAAAGGGCUGAGAGAAAAGAAAGGGAAAAGAUGCAGAUGGAGCAGGAAGCGCGACAAAUGGCAGAGGCAAAGCCUCAAGAACUGGCUGCUUCCACGACGGCUGCGGGGCUCACAGGCAUUGAAAGCCACCGCCAGCCCAAGAAGACCGAUGUCCAAGCAGUACCGGAUGUGAAGGAUAAAGAAUCUCCAACAGUACCAGCAGAAUCGGCAGAGCAAUCCAAAGCAAGCCCAGGAGAAACACCAGUGAUUCUCCAGGCAAAGGAAUUGAAACCGGAACCGGAACCAGCGGAGGUACAACCCCAGGAAGAGCCAACGCCCGCUCCUACAGCGCCCAAGAAGAGAGGAAGGCCAAAGAAGGUGGUAUUCGAGACCCCGGUAACAGAACCCUCCGCCGAGCCGGAAACCACAGCGCCAAAGAAAAAGGGUAGGCCACGAAAAGUGGUAGCCCCUACCGAGGAAGAAGCUCCCAAGAAGCGUGGUAGGCCUCGUAAGGUGGUAGCCCCUCCAGAGGAAGAGACUGCUCCAAAAACUUCAGCUCCAACCACCGGCGCUUCAGGCGACGGCGGUGUUUCGCGCGACACUUUCCCGCCAACGGCCAUACACCCAACUGGGCGGAAUCAGAUCUGGAAGCGACCCAGUGAUCGUUUGUACUUCUCCACCUCGACCAGACGGCACGAAGAGGAGUGCGAAAUCGGAACGCUUGCGGCAGAUUCUGAGGUUCCCAAGAGGAGAGGAAGGCCCAAGAAGCCUAUUGCUGCUCCUAUCACGGCUGCUGCUACUACUGCUUCUCCUACUGAUACCGCCCCAACCUCAACAGCGCCGCCCACUGCCUCAAUAACCCCCUCAACGGCGGCCCCCAAGCAACCCAGCCACCAGAAGAACUCAUUUUCCCCACACGACGCUGCUACCCUCCUUGCCCAGGCUCGCAUACAGUCCCUGCUCGUCUGCGCGCUCUUCGCAUACCACAACUGCAGCGGCGAAUGGGAUGUUACAAAGCCCCCCAAGCGCGAUGACCCUCUGAACCCGCUUGCUACCAGCGUACGCACCACCUUCGAUAAACGGUUCGUUAGGCUUCCCACCAAACUCACCAACAAGACCACAGCCUCAGCCGCCCGAGCCCUAGGCCUCAUCCUGGACAGCAAAACGCUCGUAUUUUCGAACGGCUACCUUUUUAAAGACCAGGCUUUCGCGCGCCAGAGCGACGUGGCAUAG